AUGGCCUCGGCGGCGGCAGAUGAAGGUAUUCUAGCGACCGUUGAACUCGAAUUAAACGAGAAACGAAAACGAAUCAGCGGCACACAUUUGCGGAUAUUCCCGAUGGAAUACACGAUCACCAGCGAUCAGAAGGCGGUUUUCGAGGUUUUCGAAAUGAGCAAUCGAAUUUCAGAAAUAUUAUUUGAGCAUACCGUGGCGAAUGAUAGCGAUUUCAAAGUGGCUUGUCGGCUGAUGGGCAGCUCGAGCCAGCAGCUCUCGGUGAAGAAGAGCAUGUUCAUAUUGGAGCCCGGCGCUUCCACCAUCAUCGAGGUGAUCCCUGCGGAUCAUUUGGGAUCAACACGUGUUGUUCAGAUCACUCGAAAACCGGGCGCGAUUCAAUCGCACAAGAUCAUCAUUGAGGCGACGUGCAUCGACGACGACAAAGAUUUGCAGCACGUCUUUCGUUAUGAGGAGUUUGCCAAAAAAUACUAUAUAAGGUACCAUCGACCGCCGACAUGGCACAAAACGUGGCUGAGAAUGUCGUCGGACGUCGAUAUUGCCGAAUUUCCGCGAAUCCUUCAACUUUGCAAUGAUAUUGGUCUUAAAGCGAGCGCGACUACGGAGCUUUCAAUGAACGAAUUCGCCAUUCUGGAAGUGGCGCUCUCGAAUGACAUCGAAGUCGCGAAACAAUGA